AUGAUUUCAUCCACUAACUCCAGUGAAAUCCCCUUCUACUUCAUUCUCAUGGGCAUUCCUCCUGGCUUUGAGGUCUUCCAUACCUGGAUCUCCAUUCCAUUCUGUUGUUUCUACACUGUUUCUAUCAUGGGCAACACCACCAUACUGGCUGUCAUCAGGGCAGAGCCCUCCCUGCAUGAGCCCAUGUACCUGUUCCUGUCUAUGUUGGCCCUGACAGACCUGGGGCUCACUCUAACCACUCUGCCUACCGUACUGGGGAUCCUUUGUUUCAACACUUCACAGAUCAGUUUUGAGGCUUGUUUUACUCAGAUCUUCUUCAUCCAUGCGUUCUCCUUUAUGGAAUCUUCUGUGUUGUUGGCCAUGUCUUUUGACCGUUAUGUGGCCAUCUGCCGGCCCCUCCACUAUGCCUCCAUCCUCACUAACCAGGUCAUCAGAAGAAUAGGACUAGCCAUCAUCUGCCGCUGUGUUCUGGCUGUCCUUCCCCCUUUGUUCCUACUGAAACGACUUCCCUUUUGUGGCUCCCAUAAUCUUUCUCACUCCUACUGCCUCCAUCAAGACAUGAUUCACCUGGUGUGUGCUGACACGACCAUUAACAAUUGGUAUGGAUUUUUCCUUAUUCUGUUCAUUGUUGUCCUGGACCCCCUGCUCAUCUUGCUUUCCUACGGACUCAUCCUGAGAAGCGUGCUGAGAAUUGGCUCUCAUGUUGAAAGGCUCCGCGCCCUCAAUAACUGUAUGUCCCACAUCUUAGCUGUCUUGGUUCUCUAUGUACCCAUGGUGGGAGUGUCCAUGACUCACCGUUUUGCCAAGCAUGCCCCUCUAAUUGUACAUGUCAUUAUGGCCAACAUCUAUCUACUGGCACCCCCUGUAACAAACCCCAUUAUCUACAGUGUUAAGACCAAACAAAUUCGUCAAGGUAUUUUUCACCUUUUGUCUCAUAGAUAG